AUGGCCGAAAAGUAUGACUUGACACAGACCCUUCUGCCCUACCUCGACAGGCAUCUGGGUCUGCCUCUCCUCUCGCAUCUCGCUGGAUCCGGCAUCUUUUCCGAAACCGACAUCGCCAAAGCCCAGUAUGAACUCGCAAAGAACACGUCCAUGGUCGACUAUGCGCUCCAGCUUCACGAGCAGGCCUACCCUAACCAGCCUGCCCCCGCCGAGAUCGAAAAGCAGCGAGAAAACGCCAUCGCCCUGAACGACAAGCUUGGUUCCGAAGUCGACCACGUGCUCAAUGUCAUCCAGGACCCCAGCGUCGCCUCUGCCCUCAAGCAGGACAAGGCACAGAACUUGCAGUGGCUCGAGGAAAAGUACAACCUCACCAGCGAACAGAUCAAUGCACUCUACCGAUACGGAUACUUCCAGUUCAACUGCGGUAACUACGGCGAUGCUUCCUCGUACCUCUACCACUUCCGCGUCCUCUCCACCGACCCCGUGCUCACCAUGAGCUCGCACUGGGGUAAGCUUGCCAGCGAUAUCCUCGUCGGCGAGUGGGAGCAGGCGCUCAGCGAGCUCAAGCUGUUGCGAGAGCAGAUCGACUCUUCCGCCGCUCAUGCUACCGCUUCCUACGCCCAGCCAUCCACCUCGAACGGCACCACACACAGCAACGACGACUUGACGCAGGAAGGUCUUUUGAAGAAGCGCGCAUGGUUGCUCCACUGGGCUCUCUUCAUCUUCUUCAACCACCCUGCUGGCCGGGAGCAGCUGGUCGAGAUGUUCCUUUCGCCCGUCUACCUCAACACCAUCCAGACCACCUGCUGGUGGUUGCUCCGAUACGUUGUUGCCGCCAUUCUGCUCUCGCGACGAACAACGCGCGUCUACAUGGUGCAGCAGCCCGCCCCCGCUACGCUCAUGGCCUCGGCAUCCGGCGGCAACGUCAGCAAGCUCAGCCCACAGCAGGCCAUCAAGGACAUUGUCAACAUCAUCGAUUCGGAAUCGUACCGACUCGCCGGAACCGACCCCAUUGUCGACUUCAUGGCCAAGCUGUUUGUCGACUUUGACUUUGAGGCAGCGCAGGAGCAGCUCGCCCUCGCCGAGCAGGUGGCGUCCAAGGACUUUUUCCUCGGCGACUUUAAGGACGAGCUGGUCGAGGCGUGCCGUGUGGUCGUCUCGGAAGCCUACUGCCGUAUUUACUCCAAGGUCGACAUUGCCGACCUGGUCAAGCGACUCAACCUUUCCAAGGAGGACGGCGAGAAGUGGAUUGUCAACCUGGUGCGCGACACUCGUGCCGAUGCCAAGAUCGACUUCAAGGAGGGCAUGGUGUUCAUGAACCCUACUCACCCUCCCAUCUACCAGACCAUUAUCGAAAAGACGCGUGGCUUUACCUUCCGCACUUCGGCCAUGGGCACCGCCAUCGACCGCAAGGCGCACCCGCCUUCGCUCAACAACACACACAACCUCAACGGCAACGACAAGCGUGGCGGUGCUGGCGGCCGAGGCGGUCGUGGUGGCCAGCGCAACCAGGGUGGUCAGCGAGACCGCUCGCACGCUCACAGCAACAACAACAACAACGCCAUUGAGUCGAAGCGUGAGGGCGAGUCGGCACCCGCUGCCGAGGCACAGCAGCAGCAGCCACCAGCGCAAGAAGUCGCUGCUAACUAA